UAAUAAUUUACCAAAAUACCAAGAUGGGAAAUAAAGGUUUUGACAAAAUCAAGUACAAAACUCUUCUGACUGAAGCUAACUCUAGGAUGACAAUCAGGAGGGGAAAGAAGGUCAAUGAGCUCUACAGAGUCAGGGACAAGAUCACUGACUUUGUCAAGAACGGAGACAUGGCCUCAGCACUCAUUUAUAUAGAUAACUAUAUCAACGAAGAAAAUAAGCUUAAGGUCUAUGAUGCUCUUUGUACUAUGUGCGAUCAGAUGAAGGGCAGAGUCGCCGAAGUCGAAAGCUUUGGCAUUACUGAUGACCUCAUGCCUAACGCUAAUGCUAUUGUGUACGCUGGACAUAGACUUGAUAUAAAGGAGUUAGAGAAAUUAUCUGACAUCCUGAAGGAUCUGAUGCCAAAAGUUGAAUAUAAGGAAGCGAUGAACGGAACUUGUCAUAAUGAAAUUGUACGCGAUAAUGUAUCAUACAGAAAAUGAGAAAAAGGAGAGUCUUACUUGAAGUUGAUAGAGUUAUGCCAAGAGACUGAUACUCAAUGUAUUCUUAAGGAGGAAUGGAAAAAGACACUGAGAGAAUACUGAUACAAAAACAAACUUGACUACCCAUAUUCAGCAGAAGAGGAUGUAAGUUAUAAUCCAAAUGGUGAUGCUCCUCCAGUUCCUUCAUAUCAACCUGCAGCUCCAGGAGGGUACGCUCCUCCACCAGCUCCAGGAGGUUAUGGUCCUCCUCCCGGUGGUUAUGCACCAGCACCUGUUUACUACUCCCAAGGACCAGGUGGGUAUGGAGGAGGUAUGCCUCCCCCAGCUACAGGAAUCCCUACACCAGCCCCAGCUCCUAUGCCUUCUGCACCAGGAGGUGGCUACUCAUUGCCUCCCUCUGCAGAUGAGCUUAACCUGCCAAAAUAUGGAUAUAGCGAGAAGAAACUUCCUGAUCCACCAGUAGUAGAAAAGAAAAUUCCAAAGGACGACAAGAGCGAUGAUUCAGAUGAUGAAGAUUUAAUGGCAAGGUUAAGAAAUCUUCAGAAGUAGACCAGAAAAGAAUAAAUAUUGUUUUAACUCUGCUCAAC